AUUCGAUAAAACACAACUAUGUCAUCCAAACCAGUCAAAAGGAAAGAGAAGUUCGAAGACAAGAUCAAAAAGGACGAAAGGUUUGCCGGAAUUUCGACUGAUCCCAAAUUCAUGACGGCUCCAAAAAGCGUGAAGAAGGUCAAGGUCGAUAAACGGUUCAAUAAAAUGAUAAAAGACAAGAACUUCAUUGCUUCUGCUCACAAAGAUAAGCUAAACAAAAUGUACGAAUUCGAAGAAGACGAAGAAGACACUGAGAACAAAAACAAAAUCCUUGAUGAAGACGGCAAUUUCGUCUGGAAUGAACAAUCUGACAGCAGCAGCGAGGAGGAAGAACAACCCAAGCAAGAACUAGAAGAAGAAGAUGAAGGAUAUUGGUCUGACCUACAAGAUGAGGUCAAGCUUGGCGAAGACCAAACCUCCAAAUUAGCAGUACAAAACCUCGAUUGGGACCAUAUCGGAGCUGAGGACCUCUACUUCCUCUUCUCUUCCUUCUGUAAAGGAGAGUCAAUGGUCCUCAAAGUUGAGAUUAGGCCCUCUGAAUACGGAAAGCAGAAGAUGCAAAAUGAUUCACUAGCCGGUCCUCCAACUGCGAUCUUCUCUCACAAAGAACUUGAUGAGAAAAAGAAGAAGUUCAAGAUUAAAAGGGCUGAGAAGAAAAAUGAAAAGAAAGUGCUUCAUAACAAAGUUAGCGCUCUUGAAGUAGAGGAUAACUAUGAAUUUGAUGAGAUGGAACUCAGGAAAUACGAAGCACAAAAGAUGAAAUACUACUUCGGUGUCAUCUACUGUGACUCCCCAGCCACUGCAGCUCACCUUUACAGCGAAAUUGACGGGCUCGAAUUCGAGCAGAGUCAAUUGAAGAUGGACCUAAGGUUCAUUCCAGAUGAAAUCAAGGAGUUCCCUUAUGCUCCAAAGGAAGAAUGAACAGAGGCUCCUGAGGAAUACGAGUGAAACUUCUUCGCAAACCGUGCUAUUGGGCACACCAAGGUCAAGCUUACCUGGGACGAAGACGACCCAAAAAGAAUGAAGGUCAUCAAGAAGAAGUGGGAGGUAGACAAGCUCGAAGAUCAGGAUUUUAAAGAGUACAUCGCUUCCUCAGAUCCUGAGUUCUCCUCAGAAGAAGACGAGCAAGAAAUCGCUCGUAAAAGAGCCAUCCUUGGUCUAGACAACAGUGAAUCAGAAAGCGACGAGGAGAUCAACCAAGCCUUCGGUGUCGCUGCCAAGAAAAAGAAGAAGAAGGAAGUGACUGGGGACAUCAAGAUCACCUUCCAGUCCGGUUUCGAAAAUAUCGGAGACACUCUACUCCAAAGCAAGAAAGAUAAUGAAGCCAAAAAGAAGGAAUCAGCCUACGAAACCUACCAAAGAGAAAGGAAGCAGAAGAAGAGAGAUCGCAAAAUGAAAGAGAAGGAAAAGAAGGAGAUUGACAAGGAAAUGAUGUAUGAAAAACCUGAAGAAGGUGCUAAAAAGAAGCACAAAAAACAUAAGCUCAAGAACCUCAUCAGCGAAGAUGCAGCUACCAAGGACGAGCUCACCCUUCUCAUGACCGGUGACCAGACAAAGGAUGACUUCGAACCUGACACGACUGAUAAGAGAUUCGAAGCUAUUUAUGACUCUGGCGCUUUCAAUAUGGAUCCUACCCACAAGGACUUCAAGAAGGUCGGGAAAGCAUUUGUCAACGAGCACCAGAAGAGAAGAUGGAAAGGUGAAAGAUAAUCCAUAUUUGCUCUACUUAGCACUAUAUUUUCAUCAAUUUGAUGACUU